GACACUAGAGAGAAUGCAGCUUUAACACAUCAAGCUUUGACUUCACUUAAAGAACUGGAGGUUGUCUUCUAGUUAGAACCUUAAGAACCAGGACGGAUGGACAGACGGACCUCUCCGUCUCCAUCUGAAGAAGCAGCCUGGAAUCAUUCAGACCAAGUGAGACCCUCUGAGAGUUAACUGACUGAUGAAGUGCAACCUAACGAUUUCCCUUCCAGACACGAUGUAUGGUGUUUUGGAGGCGAGCGGCUCAAUUCAGUUAGGAGGACAUUAGUUCUAAUUAGAUCUGAUUUACGCCGGUUUCGGAGUCUAAUGUGGUUUCUUGUCUGCAGCUGGCGGAUCAGCAGAGACCGAGACAGACUGUGGCUGCAGCCGGCGACCGCCAACGACUCGGGACAGUACAUCUGUAUGCUGAGCAACAAGUCGUCCUGCAGUAAGAUCACCAUCCGUCUGAAGGUCUUGCGGCCGGACGAGGUUGUGCGCGACCACGACUGCGAGCCUCCCGUUGCCGUGGCGCCCACGCCCACGGUCAUCCCCUUUCAGACGGGGGGGGUCCUCGACUGUCCCCACCUGAAGGACGCACGCAAGAUGGCCGACGGAGAGACGAAGGUCACCUGGUCCCAUAGGUGUUAUAAGGACCCUUUUGUCAGCAACCGUCAGCAGAAAGGAGACACACUCCAGAUCCACCUCAUGUUGGGUCCUUAUCAGGGUUUAUACUUCUGUAGAGUCCAGUACGAGAGGACGGGGAGAACGCUCCACUUCACCAGGAGCAUCAACAUCAGCGCCGUCUCUCCACCUUCUUUGCCAAAACUACCCAGCAUCCUCCACCCGGGAAAAGACCAGGUCUACCCUGUCAGACAGAACGCAGACGUUCCUCUGGUGUGUACAGGUCUGUUCCCCUACCUCGACUCUUCCUGGGAGAUCUGGUGGACGGUUGAUGGGAAGACGUUGGAUAAACUCGACCAGCGUCACUUCUCCAAAACCAACAGACAGCUGCAGAACGUCUUCGGGGACCGGAAGGAGGAGAGCGUGCUGCUGAUCCAGGACUUCCAGUCUGAAGACCUGCACAGGGAGUACAACUGCUCCGUGAAGAACGACCGAGGCUUCGAAACCCGCAGAGCUCAGCUGGAGGAGGAGGUGCCGCUGCCGUCCUUGGAGCUGGGUUGUGGUCUCGGUGUGACUCUGGUCCUCAUGCUGCUCCUCUUCGUGGUCUAUCACGUCUUCUGGUUGGAGCUGCUGCUGCUUUACCGGUCAUGGUUCGGCACCGAUGAGCGACACACAGAUGAUAAAGAGUACGACGUCUACAUCUCGUACGCGAGGAACAGCGAGGAGGAGCAGUUCGUUCUGUCGACUCUUCGCUUCAUUCUGGAGAACGAGCUCGGAUACUCAGUCUGCAUCUUUGACAGAGACAGUCUGCCGGGAGGGACCAUCACAGAUGAGACUCUGGGUUUCGUGACUCGGAGCCGGCGCCUCCUGGUGGUCGUUAGUCCGGGUUACGCCUCCCGGGGGUCCCAGGCCCUGCUGGAGCUGCAGGCCGGCAUCGACAGCAUGGCGCUGGGCGGGCACCUGCGGGUGAUCCUGGUCCAGUACAAGCCGAUCCAGCGUCAGGGCUGGGUCAGGGAGCUAAGGAGGGCCCGCGUGGCCCUGGUGCUGGUCCGAUGGCAGGGGGACAAGUCCAGGGAGCUGACGUCUCGCUUCUGGAAGAGGCUCAGGGUGGAGCUACCUGUGAGGAGGGUCGGCAGCACGAGGGGGGAGGAGGAGAAGCAGCUGGGCCUGAUGAGGCUGCACAGUCAGAACAGCACCAACUCCCAAACAGGCCUCAUCAGCAACACCAUCAAAGACCCGCAGAAGAUCCUGAACUCUGGAGCGUAGCCAUGACGAGGUUCUGGUUCCAACCAGAGCUAGGGUUAGGGGUUAGGGUUAGGGUUAGAAGCAGAACCAGCACAGUGCCUUAUUCAUUCUCAACCUUUAUUUUGAAACAGUCAACAGUUCCGGAGACUGAAGCAACAGAAAUCAACAAAACAGUAAAAAAUGAAUAUGCCGUUUUGUUUUUCAGCUUCAGUAUUAUUUGUCCUCUCAUCGUCGCCAUUAAUCACUUUUCAUCUGCACACUAUCUACUGAUUACC